ACUAAAAUAGUAGAAAGUUAAAGCUCAAAUUAGAAUCUGGGGUCCAUGAUUCUGUCACUUCAUACACAGUGUAUAUAAUAAACACAAAAAUAACUUGUGAAAUAGAUACGUUGAUUCGAAGAGAUUAUAUUCAUUGAAUUCUCUUUCUAUUAUUAGCUACGUAUAAUAGAGACAUGGACGAAGAAGAAUUGAUAAAUGAGAUUGCUAAGUUGCGUGAGCUUUUACACGAGAAGGAAUCUGCAUUAGCUUAUAUAAGGCGCACAAAACAAAUCCCACGUGACUAUGGUUUAAAUAAUGAUGAAAUUAGUAGAUAUAGCAGGCAAAUUUUUUUGCCAGAAAUUGGAGUAACAGGACAAAAAAGGAUAAAAGAAUCCUCAGUACUUAUUGUUGGAGUAGGUGGAUUAGGUUGUCCUUCUGCAUUAUAUUUAACAUGCAGUGGUAUUGGCCAUAUUGGACUUGUAGAUUAUGAUAAUAUUGAAAUUAAUAAUUUACACAGACAGGUGUUGUUUACGGAAGGGACUAUUGGAAUGCCUAAAGUAACUGUAGCUGCAGAAUUUCUUAAUAAGUUAAAUAGUUAUACUGAAGUUACUCCUUAUAAACUUCAGCUGGAUAGUAGCAAUGCUUUAAAAAUUAUAGAAUCAUAUGAUAUUGUAUUGGAUGCAACAGACAAUGUAGCAACUCGUUACUUAUUAAAUGAUGCGUGUGUUCUAAGUAAGAAACCCUUGAUCUCUGGAUCAGCGUUACGUUUUGAAGGGCAUUUGUCUGUAUUUAAUUAUAACGGUCCUUGUUACCGAUGUAUCUUUCCUAAACCGCCAUCUCCUGAAACAGUAACUAAUUGUAGUGAUGGCGGUGUACUUGGAGCAGCUGUUGGAACAAUUGGUGUUUUACAAGCAGUAGAAGCUAUUAAAGUAAUUCUUGACAUGCCUGAAACACUUUCUGGUCGUUUGUUAGUAUUUGAUGGAAUUGAAACACGAUUUCGUAAUAUUAAUUUACGUACAAAGAAUCCAGAUUGUGUUAUAUGUGGAAAAAAUCCAAUUAUAAAAGAAUUAAUUGAUUAUGAACAGUUUUGUGGUGCAAAAGCAAAUGAUAAAGAUCCUAAUUUAAAUCUACUCAAAAAUGAAGACAGAAUUACGGUUGAAACAUAUCAUCACAUAAUAAAAUUUAAUACAGAAGAUCAUUUAUUAAUUGAUGUACGUUCACCCGAAGAAUUUCAAAUUUGUCGUUUGAGAAAUUCUAUAAAUAUUCCAUUGUAUGAAAUUUACAAGGAUAAUGCUACUAAGCAAAUAAAAAGUGAAAUAGACAAGCAAGACAGUGGUAAAACAAUAUCGAAAGUUUAUGUUUUAUGUAGAAGAGGAAAUGACUCACAGAAAGCAGUACAACAUCUUCAAAAGAUAUUUAAAGAUAGUAAAGUAAAUAUUAAAGACAUCAUUGGAGGAAUCCAUGCCUGGAGCAACAAAAUUGAUUCAACAUUCCCUAUUUAUUAACUGUAAUAAGGUCCCCUAUAACGCGAGAUGUACGUUCUGCGUUAUACGGAUUUCACGUUAUACGAAUCCAAAAGCGCAAAAAAACUUUAACUAACUAAAUAAAUAAUUAAUAAAAAAUA